AUGGCCGAAGUUGGGGAACGUGCCUCGCUGGCUCCUCAGGAGAUCAACUCCGUGUUCGGGGCGGUCAACACGCAGGAGAUGGAGACCGACAAGCAGGCGGAGGCUCCCACCACCCGGGCAUGGCCAGGGGGACAGGGAAAGGAGCAUCCUGGGAUUCAUGGUCCCGCGAGGCAAGCGUCAGUGGGAACCGGAGGAGGAUACAGAGGAAGCCGCUCCAUCGGGAGCCCGUCUGGAUCGAGAGACGGAGCAACUCAUCCAGAGCAUGGUGAAAUUGGCGCUGCGUCACGAACAGGAAAUGGGGAGUUCCGGUCCGAGACGGGGUUCCUCAUUUUCUUCGACACCCCAUUUGCCCACGACCGCUCGGUCCUGCCCAAGCUCAAGUUGGUGGCGGAGGAAUGGGGAAAGAAGUUCACCGAGGGGGCGGUCACCAGUCCUCUUCGUGUCAUCCCGAUACUGGCCGUGAUCAAGGAGUUUCAGGAGCGCUUGAAGGAGGGGGCGACGGCUCUGGAUCCAGCUUGGAUCUACCAUGUCUGGGAUCCGAAGCAGAAAAAGCAGGUUCGCUCGCAGCAGCAGCCAGCGACCACGACCCAGAUUCAGAAUGGCCUCGAGGUUCUGCUUCAGAAUCUGGGCACGGAGGGCGUGUGCCUGAACUUUCGCAACACGAAGAACAUGGAGGACGAAUACACCUAG